UUUCUCUAAAUAGUUAAUUAUAAUUUUUUUUCAUAUGCCUUUGGAUAGAUUUGAUUACUUCAUCUAAAAACAGACUACUAAUAUUCUUUGACCAUCAAUUGGGAAAUGACUUAUUCUUAUAUGUGACUCAUUCUCUAUAUAUUUGAGAAAUGAGAAUUUUAUCAGAAAACUCAUCAACUUUUUUUUUCACAGUUAUGAUUAUUGUGUAUUUCCCUCUAUUCUAUUUUUUCCUCUUUCUCUUCCUCUCCUUUUACUCUGUCCAUCCUCAAAAGUGUUUUACUUCUGACCACCACCUCCUCUAAUCUACCCUUCCCUUCGAUUGCUCUUACCCUCUCCUCUUUUAUACUCUUCCCCUCUUUCUUUCCUAUAGGGUUAGGUGUCUGCACUCCACUGAAUAUGUAUUUUAUUCCCUUGCCUAACCAGUUCCAACGAGAGUACAAUUUAAAUGUUCUCUGAUAGUUCCCCAAUUAACUCUCUACCUAUAAAAGCUCCUUCCCAAAUCUUUCCUGUGAGAUAAUUUAACCUAUUCCACCUCUCCCUUCCAUCUUCUGCUACUAGUGUGUUCCUCUUUCUCACCCCAUAAUUUUACUUUUUAAGAUAUCUUCCCAUCAUAUUCAGUGCGCACUCAUGUUAUCUCUGUGUAUGUGUCCCUUCUGACUUCCCUAAUAAUGAUAAAAUUUUUGGAAGUUAUAAAUAUCCUCUUCGCAUGUAAGGGACUUAUUUAACUGUUUAACCUUAUUGAAUCCCUUAUGUUCUCUCUUAUUUAUCAUUUUUGAUUGUUAAGAUUCUUUUUGAAUUAUCCCAGGAAUUCUUUGGGGCCUGAGACAAAUUCACAUUUUUCUUUGAGGCUUUAGAUAUAGCAGUUUUGGCUUUCUUAUUCUGAGUUUGUGUUUUGAUUUUCAAUGCCACCAUAAUAAUUUUAUAAGGGCAGAUUCUUUUGUUGUUGUUGCAUGCUCAUUUUUUACAUUUUAAAUGCUCAUUUUUUAAAACUUAUUUCUUGAUUUUUAACUUGAAAAAACUGUUAAGAAUGGACUCUGUUUAUGAAGUAGAGGGGGCACUAUCUUAAACUUAAUUUUUUUAAAAGCUUUUUUGAAAGCUAGUUCAGGAGAUUGUAGUUUUUCAGUUCUCCCAAAGUAGUAUGAUAUAAGAAGAAGUGUGUUUACUACUCUCCUGGCCCAAGCUCUCUUCUAUAAGUUACCACAAGCACUUUUUUCUACUCUGGAACUAUGAAUAAGGUCCCUGCUCCCCUGCAGCCAAAUGCUCUAGUUGGUUACUGCUACUGCUUGCCCUGGGACUGCGACCUAGGAUUGAAACCUGUAUAUGGACAAUGCAACAGAGUCCUAUACCCAAUGCCAGCAAAGAGAUUCCCAUAAUCUCUUCUGACCAGUUGUCUGACCCUUCCUUCUGACUCUCCAUUUGGUAUUUUCUUGGCAAAGAUACUAUAGUCAUUUGCCAUUUCCUUCUCCAACUCACUUUACAGAGCGUGAAACUAAGUCAAACUAGGUUAAGUGGAUUAUCCAAGGUCACAUAGCCAGUAUGUGUCUGAAGCCAUAUUUGAACUGAGGAACAGGAGUCUUUCUGACUUCUAUCCUCUGUAUCACCUACCUGCCCUAAUUAGUUUAAGGCUCAUGAAAUGUUCAAGUGAGAUAUAAGGGAAUUUGUGACUAUAUCUUUAUCUCUUAUCCUUGUCUUCCUUUGAAUAAUGCCCACUAAUGAUAGAUUACCAGUGGAAUAGGUAACUAACCCUCAGGCUUGUCCUAGGGCUUCUAUUUUCCUUUUUUCACUUAGUGAACACAUCAACCCCAUGGAUUCAGUUAAAUCUAUUUAGAUGAUUCUCAGAUCUACUUACCCAGCUCUAACCUCUCAGCUGACCUCUAAUCUUGCAUCUACAACUACCUAUUAGAUAUCUUGAAUGCCAUAUAUCCCAUUGACAUUAUAAACUUUUUCUGAGAUUCCUUGGUUCUGUGGUUUUUUUUUUUCACUUUUGUAUGUUUAGAGGUAUCCUUUCCAUAUUAGUAUGUUAUGUUUGUAAAGCAGGAUUAUUAGUAUUCCAACACUGGAUUUAACUAAUACAUUGCCACCAAUGAGUAGGCAAAUGCAUAGAUACUAAUCAUUAAUAGGGGCAGCUAGGUGAUACAGUGGAUAGAAUAUUGGGCCUGGACUCAGGUAGACUCAUCUUCUCAAGUUCAAAUCAGGCCACAAAUACUUAUUAGCUAUGUUACUCUCGGUAAGGAUUUGGAGAAGGAAACGACAAACCACUUCAGUUAUCUUUGCCAAGAAAAUCACAAAUGGGAUCAUGAAGAAUCAGACACAAUUGAACAACAACUGUAAAUCAUUAAUAGUAAUUGUUUCUUUUAUUUAUCUGGCGGUCCAAUCUAAUAAUUAUUUUAAAAAUUUGUGUGCUAUGAGGUUGUCACAGGAAAGCUAUCCCUGGACCUGAGCUUGUGUGUUUGGCUAAAAGGCUGAAUGUUUUUGGAGAAAAUUUUCAUAAGCAAUCAUAUUAAUGAUUAUCAGAAAAAGUAUGAAAACAAUAGGGUUGAUGAACUAAUUGGAAUAAAAAAUCUUUAAACUCUUUUUAGCUUUCUAUCAACUGGAACUAUCUAAUUAUCCUAGGCCUUCUCUGGAACAUAGUUUGAGAAAUUUUGUCUUAUUGAAUUGUAAUUCUUACAAAAUUAUAAUUAUGGUUUAUCUUUAAACUCAGUUAAUCAGGAGUAUUCAAUUAAUAAAUAAACAUUUAUUAAGCACUUACUUUGUGCCAGGCACUGUGCUCAGUGUUGGGAUUAUAAAGAGGAAAAAAAUAGCCCCCACCCUUAACUCUCCAAUUCUCCAAGUUUACUGUGUUUGUAGUAAAUAAAAUGUAUUUCAGCAUCAAUUAUUUUCCCCUUCUCCAACUUUACACUUUAAAGCUUCAGCUAAAGAUAUAGUUUUUGGAAGUUUCUAUGUCCAGGAUCUCACAUUCUUCCUUCCCUUCCUCUUCUUUUGCCCAUUAGAUCUCCUACCUUCCGAGUGUUGGUAGUUUCAUUUCCAUGACGACACUGCUGUUUGAUUUAGAACUUCUGAAGUUCAGAUCGAUUGAGCUUUGAUUCUCAGGAUCGCUUCUAUCAGGAUUUCUUUGUUGUCUCUUCAGCUAUGAGUGAGAAACUGUUUUUCAAGGCUAUCCAGAGUCAAAGAACUUCAGUUUUAGUGAUCAAUGGGAAGGACCUCACCUCUCUGCCCAGUUUGAUUCAGAAAAUGAAUUACCUCAAGAUUUUGGACCUCAAGUUCAACCAAAUCUCCAAAUUGUGCCCGGAAUUUAUAAACUUGACACAGGCAUAUAUAUUCACUGGACAGUGCUCCCCCAGCCCCCAAUAUUUCAAGUUGAGAACACUAAAUUUGGGAAACAACAAACUAGAAGAAGUUCCAGAAGAACUGAGGACCCUAAAUAACCUGGAAACCCUUUAUUUAUCUGGAAAUUUAAUAAAGUCAUUUUCAUCUAUACCAUGUGCUGGCUUAGUGAAUUUGAACUUUUUGAAUAUGAAUAAUAAUCUUCUUCUAAAGCUUCCUCCAGAAAUAAACAGAUUAAAGAAUCUUAAAUACUUGAGUUUAAACCACAAUCGGCUAAUUGGUAUUCCUAAGGAACUUUGUUCCCUGACUUUUCUUUAUGAAAUUCAACUAAACUACAAUCAAAUUGUUUCCAUCCCUGAAGAAUUUAAAGAUAUGAAAAAUCUCAGUAGACUGUCUUUGGCAAGAAACUGCAUUAAAGAAUUCCCAAUAGUGCUCUGCGUUUUGAAGAAAUUAAGAGUAUUAGAUUUAGCUGGAAACUUUAUUCAGACAGUCCCAAAAGAACUUCAGGAUAUGAAACUGAGAGUAUUCUUCUGUGAAGAAAAUCCAUUCGUGAAGAAACAUCCAAUUUAUAUUGAGCAGAAAGAAGACAUUUUGACUUUGAAGGAAAUCACAGCAAGAUAUAUUUUGAAUGAAAUGACUGAGCAGGAUCCAUGGUAUCUGCAAGGCAUAGAAGAUUUUCCAGAAAUCUUAAAUAUACUUGCUAGGAAGAGGACAUGUGUAUUAUGUGGGAAAAGAGUUCUAUUUCCAGAUAUAAAAUGUGUAACUUUUAAACAUCAAGCAAAGAAAAUGAAGAAGACCAAGAACCUUAUGAAUAUAUCAAACCUUACGAUCAAGAUCACAAAGCUUUACAAGAGGGAAAGACAGAUAAUUACAUUAACAAAUCAAAUCAAGAACAAAUGAUCCAGUCAGAAGAGUUAGUUAAGGAGAUAAACUGCACAAUCACAAUAGAAGAAAUGCUGGCAGCAUUGGGAGUCAAGAAUUACGAAGAACUUUGUGAAAAGUAUGUGGAAGUGGAUAAAGUGGAUAGAGACACUAAAUUUGCAGUACAAGAAAAUCAUAUACCUGAUCCAAAACAAAAGGAAGAAGAAGAAAACAAUGUAAUGCUCCUAUCACAUCUUCCUUUCUCUGAUGUAGAACUCACAAACUAGACUGUCAAUUAAUAAAAUAUAUACAAGCUUUACAGACAAGAAUAGCAGAAUUGCAUGAAAUGAGCUUGAUACAACAAACAGUACCCCUGGAUUACAAUUUGCACAACAUCAAACCAGGAGACAUAGUAUACUUAGAAAAUUUCAAUAGAAAAUUGGCUACAGACAGAAAAUGGACUGGACCACAUGAAGUAUUGCUUACUACCCCAACAGCUAUAAAAGUUGCAGGGAAAGACUCAUGGUUUCACUCUUCCCAUGUGAAACCAGAAAAAGUUCAACACCACUGUAACAGACAUAGAAGAUAAUUAGACAAAAGAUAGGGCUGAGAAAUAAAAACAAAAACUGAUUAACAUAAAAAGUACAACACAAAGAAAUAAUAGUGACACAUAAUGUUCAAGACAACUUUCCAGCCCAGAGGAAAAGCAUCCCAGAGGAAAAGCAACCCAGAGGAAAAGCAACCCAGAGGAAAAGCAACCCAGAGGAAAAGCAACCCAGAGGAAAAGCAACCCAGAGGAAAAGCAUCCCAGAGGAAAAGCAUCCCAGAGGAAAAGAUUUUAAACCAGCCCAGAGGAAAAGCAUCAAGAAAAGAUGCUAGAGACAAGAAAUGAAAAAAAAAAGCUGAAAUGGACAGCUAAGACUUUGAACUUUGUAAAUGUGUUUAUAUAAGAAGAGGACAGAUCAAAAAUGAGAUUUAUAUGUAAGACUGAGUGUGUUGAAAUAAUAAAACAAAAGUAAUUUCACAUAUUAGGGAAAUAGCAUGCAUCACUACAUCACAUGGAAGAAAGAAGAGAUCCAUCAGUCAACAUGAGAAGUGGAAAUCUGAAGAAACUUGAUAAGUAUUAAUUCAACACAACACUAUUAGACACAAAACACAAAAUCACAAACUGACAUUGAGAGACCUUGUUUAUAUAAAUAAGGGUCUGAAAUUGUAUUUAUGCAAAAUGUAAAUAUGUAUAUAGUUAGUUCCAUUAGGUCUUAGGCAAAUAGAAAGAUCGGUAGAUAUUUCUAUUUGACUGACAUCAUAAUGUGGAACAAUGUGUAUUGUUGUAUUAUAUUUAAAUAAUUUCUGUAAAGAAGGUAUUAGUUUUAGUUAACUUAGAGUAAGUAGUAUUAGCACUAAGAUUCAAUUUCUUGUAAUUGUUUUGUUCAACAUUUUUAUACUGAAUUUAAUGUAAAACCCCAAAAUUACCCUUACCCUUACUUUUCUGCAAAGAAUCCUUAGAGUAGAUUUAGUAAAUUGGUAACUAUAAUAUAAAUAUGUGACCUUGGGAAGGUCACAACAAAAAAAGGGGACGAUUGUGGAAAGGAAACAAGACUGACAGUUUGUGGGGGAAGGUCCCAACUGGGAGUGGCAGUUGGGUCUGGUGACUAGCACUUCCUUCCUGCCGGGGGAGGAUGGGGUCCUGGGGUUGGAGGAGAGAGGAGCUUGUUCAGCCCAGUCUGGAGUAGCAUGCUCUUCUUGGUUCAGCCUAAAGACACAGGCUUCUAAAGGUUAGAAUUGUUCUUGUUUGCUUUCUGUGUACUGCUAAGAGUCUGAAUUAGAACAACGAGAGUAGACGGGAGUGGGACAAACUCUCCGCCAGCCUCUGGGGCCUGACCUUAGGUCUGCAUCUGAGAAAAAAACUCCAAUCCCAACUAGUUCUUAAACUUUAUGUUAUUGAAUUUGCAGUCAGAUAAGAGGACUAUCUUUUCUGAUCAUAGAGGGAGCUGAACUUCAGCUCAACCAUUCCAGGACAAAGAGUCCUUAUCGGACUCCUACGGCUUCCUCUCAGCAGGGGGCAUCUCCCUCCCUUGCCUCACCAAGCUAUAUACCCUCUCUUCCCUCAACCUCCUCCAUACCCUCAUACAAACCUCCCAUUAUUCCCCAUUUAUCCCCUUGUUUUUCAAAUCCAAUUUCCUUUCCCAAUAAAUAUUACAAGCUAUCCUCUGAAAGAGAGGCCCAGUGGUAGAGGACUUUCAGGUUAAGGGCUCAGAAUGGUCAUGUCAUUCACUUAGGAAUUGUGAAAGUUCCCAGAGUCAUGAUGCCAGGACCAAGCUUUGGGCUCCCAAAUCUAGUUAUGGAUCCAUUACUUCAAUUCUGGGAUCCUGUUCCAUUUGUUGGAAACAAUAUUGAAUAAUCAGCAGUUUGGCCAUUUGGAGUAUGUUUUCAUUUUAGAGAAUUUUUGCUAGACAAUAUAGCCCAAAAGAAAAAUUAAUUCCAGUCAUAGAGAGAUGAAUAGAUUUCUUCCUCCCUGAAUCUGAUGUGGAUAAUACUUGAAGGAAGAAUUACUUGCUCUCUGCUUCAGUUUCUCCUUUUAAAUAAGGAGAGUGAUGACAACAAUUACCUUUUUUGAUAGUAUCAUGUAGUUUUAAUUUCUUUCUAAAAAGAGGUGAUUUUCAAGAAAAACCCAUCAUUUUCCCCUAAUUUACUUUGUAGAUGUAAAGUUGUACAUGGCAUCUUUGGCAAUACUUACGAUGCCUACUAUUGAAAGACAGUUUCAGUUGGGUUCUGAAAGGUGGUACACUUUUGGAGCCUUCCUAUUUCCAUGUACACAUUCCUGAGAUAAUGACUGUCAAAGGAAAAGUAUUUUGCAAAGUAAUUCCAAAGGGGUUGGUGGUAAGUUUAUCUCCAUAGAAAGUUCUAAGAAAUUAUAUGGGAUGUUCAGAAAAUAUAACCUUAAGAAUAGAGAUUAAUAAGUUGAAGGGGGAAAAUCACCAGAAAAACUGCCACAGCAAAUUGAUAAUAGCUUUGGUAAAGUAAAUAUGCCCCUAAAAUGCUAAACAAAACAUUAUUUUUAUUUUAACUAAACAACUGUUACCCCCAAGAAGGGGAGUGAGAGACAAAGACGCCUUGCAUUCCUAAUCCCAACAAGAGCCAACCCAAACUCAGUCUAUGCAAUUCCUAAUGACACAAGGGAAAUGGCUUAAACCACACUGGAAAUAGAAAAUGUCUUUAAUAGUUUCUAUAAUAAACUUUUCACCUCUUGGAGACAUUGGGCAAAGAAAUCCAGAUAGCUCUAAAAAUGUGAAAUAGGCAGCAGGAAAUUAGCAAACUCAGUUUUCAAUAACUGAAAUUAUAAGUGACAACGAAUAUGUCAAGAAUUUUCUAUGGAGUAGCAUAUGCAUGAAAUGUAUGGGUUAUAUAGAAUUAGACCCUCAAAAAAGGAUAUUUUCCUUCUCACAUUUCAGAGUAUGCUCAAACAAAAUUUCAGCUUUUGUAAAAAUGGUCGUGGGGACAAAGCUGGUCUUCUAUGACUACUCUUCCCUCCUCACUUUUAUAUGAAGGAAAAUUUCAAUUUCUUUUUAAAAAAACUUUAGAUACUUUUAAAACUAUCAUUUAAAUAUUUAAUUAUGGGAAAGAUACAGGGUAGCAUCUCAUCUUCUUCCUCUUCCUAAUUUUGUUGUUACUCUUGUCCUGCUCUUUCUGUGACCUUGCCAUUUGUUUCUUUUUCUUCAUUUUAUCUGACAGCUGUAUUAAUUUUCCUCCCUCUUCCUAUACUUAUCUAAUUUUUCUACUCUUUCUGGUAAGUGUCUAAGACUAUAUUUGAAUUCAGAAUUUUCUUCUUGAUUUGAAGUCUAGACUUCUAUCUACUGUAUCACCUAGUUUCCUCUGAUACUUUACUUUGAUGCAUAUUGAUGCAUUAACAAUUUUUGUAUCCAUCUGUUGUUCCCCAAACUCAAGCACUUUUCUUCUUUUCACCUUCCCCAUUUCUUUAAUGUCUAUUUCUUUCUUUUCACUUUUUUUGUGGGUCAGAAUACUGGCUAAAUUAAUCUCUCCCCUCUAGCUAACCCACAUUAUUUUCAGGACACUAACUGGAACUCUUAUGAGCAAGGAAGCUGUGGUGAGGACCUGGGGCAAUUUAGGUCAAUUUUGCUUCAAUUUAGAUUGGUUUUGGACCCAGCCAUGGGUCUCCUGGUCAAGAAGAACACAAAAGCAUUGUUUAGGACUUUGUCUCCUUUAACUCAGAGCCCCAGAGAUCCUCUUUGCCAAAUAUUAUAUCACCUAGGCUCCAGAUUUUAUCACAUUUGGUUGGUUAUAUUUUUGUAGUGAGGAUGAAUCAGUAUCCAAAGUUUUCAUUUUUCAUAGGCAUUCUUUAUCUAUCUAUAAUAUGCAGCACCCUUACUAAAAUUCUCUUAAUCAUGGCUUGGAAUUUUAAAUGUUGGGUUCCAGAUGACUGUUCCCCAGGUCAUAUCAUGGUAGAAAGGUUUUUAGUAUGGGCUUUGUGAUAGGCUUGGCUGACUGCUAUCAGAGGACAAGUUCCCUGUUUUGUUACCAUAUUAACUACACUGAAAGUUCUUCUGGGGGAAUGAUCAGUUUGGAUCACUUGGCAUCUCAUUUCCAUGAAGUGAAUUGUGUAAAAGGAGAUUUUAACACAGAAUGGAAAUGGACCACUGCCAGAAGCAAUGAGUGACAGACAGGACAGUUGGAAUGUUGGAGAGGGGGAGCUUCUGGGAUAUUUACUAAUGGAUGAGAGGUUCGGUUCUGAGGCUUGGACUAGAAGCAGGUCCUUUCCUGAUCUCAAGCUCUGAAUCACACCAUUCUCCCUAAGGAUUUCCCAGUUGAAUUCAAUGCCUUUAUUGUCUGUGAACUGAUCCUGAUCUCUGCUCAUCAUAUGAAUGGACUGCCUGGACAUUUCAGCUUUGCCCAAGAGGGAUUCUCCCUGGAGGGAGGGCUGAGCCAGCCCCCAAGACAGAAACAUCUUCCCCUCUGUCAAUUAUAUAUUAAAGGCAUAUAUUGUUACUUUAACAUUAGUUUAAGAUUGCCAUCAUAGGAGGAAAAGGAAAAUAGAUAAGGUUUUCAGACUGGUCCUGGCUGUUGGCCAAGCUUAGGGACUCCUGUUUGAUCUCUUACCUCAAACCAUCAUAAGUAUCCUAUCUCAAAUAAAUAAAGAUCAUUUAUUCGAUAGCAGUCAGAUCUCUAAACAAGGGAAAGAAGGUUGAAGGGUGGAAAAGAAGGUUGGAGGGUGGAGGUUGGUCUGAGAGGAAGAUCUCUAAGAGAAUCAGGCAAAAGCAAAGUACUGAUUCGACCAAUAUUGGUCUUCUUCCAGCAGGAGUUUUUAUCAGAAUGGUAUUUCCAGGAACAUUAGGUUUUGCAAAAUUUGAUCACCUAAUAUUCUCCAUUCCUGUGGUGUGACCAAAUCUGGUUAAAGCCCUCUGUUUACCUGUGUUAUCAUUAUAUUUGAAAAGGCACUCAGCAUUCUGCCCUGACAGGAAGAAAAACCUUUGGGGGGGGGGGGGGAGUUAGUUCACCAGCACAAUCAAACUAAUCUUAAACUAUCAUUCUCAGGUAUCUCCUCAUUUCCCUUUUAACAACAGAAAGUUGCUUCUCUUCCUUAAAGGUGAUGACUUUUUUGGUCACAAAACUCUUAGAUACCAUCUCUUAAGCAAUGGAAGGACAGCCUGCAUCCAGUAUUGUAGAAGGACAAAAUUACAGAUCCUUGUUGUGUUGAAAGAUCUACAAAUUGAAAUCACAGCAUAACUGUAUCUGCUUCCUUAGCAUGCAUAGUUUCUCCAGUGUAAAGUUGGGAUCAAUUUGAGGCAUGCUUUUUAUAAAUAAACUCUCCUCUUGAAGGGAAGGAAUAUUUUUGUCCCUGUUCAUCAUAGCACUUAUCCCAAUUUUAAGGAUAUAGUAACAGCAAUUAAUUUGUGGAAAAUUUAAUACUUUUAAUUUUUUUUAAUCCCUGAGACUAGGUUUCUCCAUAUGAUAUAAUAUCACUUAUCUUAGUCCAUAGAAUAUGAGCAUUUGCAUUGAGAUGUAACUCCUUGAAAACAGGGUCUGUUUCAUUUUUGUUUUUGUAUCCCAGAUCUUUUUGUCUGUAUUAGCAGAGUACCUGGUAUGUAGUGUUAAAUUUAUUGUUUGGACUGAAUAAUAUUUUAGUUGGUCACCAGGGAUUUAAUUACUAAAUCCCAAAUGAAUUACUAAAGUCAGGAUGGAAUUUGUGGUAGUUUAUUUUACAAUAAAGAGGGGAUAUAUUAGGGAAGAGAGAAAGAGAAGAAAAAGAGGGAGAUAGCUGAUCUGGACUCCUCUGAGCCAGGCAGGAGUUCAGAGGCCCAGCCAAGGGAAAAGAGUCUCAAGAUGAUGGGCCUCUCCAGAAGUUGGUGCCUCCAGAAAGGCCAAGGGAAAGGGAGUCAGCCUUUACACUCACCAUGUGUCAGUUCAAAGGAAAGGGUCACCAGGAAAAACAGGUCCAGUCAGCACUCUUCUGAAUGAAGAAUUAUUCUCCACUCCAGUAGAACUGCCAGUAGAUCUUCAGCAGAAGUGGAAAUCUGAGUUGAACUUCCAGAAGAACUGCUAGAAGAACUGAGUUCAGGCCCUUGCCUCUCUUUUAAAGACCUCUUUUCUUGUGUCACUUCCCUUAAUCUUUAGGUCUACCACUCUGCUCUAGAACCACCCAGAAGGCAGUCAGUUGAUUCUGAUUCAUCACCCACUCUUUCAUAUGUGGGUCACAGACCUCCCACUCAGUGUGUGAGAUCAGUGUUCCCACUUUUUUUUUAAUUAAAUUAAAAUAGGCAGAUCUCCCUACUCAACUUUAAGUACCAUGUUUACACUUUGGGAAUUAAAUCUAAAAAUAGACAGGUGAUUACAAUUUAAUCUUCACAAUCAAGGAAGAGCUAAGUACCUUCAUUGUUACAAUCCGGGGAGAGCCAAAUCCAAUUUUCACAGUAGUAAGUAAUUAAAUAGUUCAUAUUGAUUAUUGAUUCAACUAAUAUAUUUAUGAUUAUGGUAGUGCUACAAAUCUUCUGAGAAGUCAAUACUUCAUCAUUACUCCCAAAGACUUGUGAUUUCAAUUAGUGUGAAGCCAUUCAAUCAUUAAGCAUUGAUUAUGGACUUACUGUGUGCUAAAUACUGUGCUGAGGAUUCACAGAAAAGACAAACACUGCCUUUACUAUGAGAAUUACAAUCCCUCUGUACUUCAGUUGAAAAUUCAUUAUUGGUGGUCAGCCUCCUGGUGAUGAGCUUUUCUCAGAUGACAGUCUGUGUUAGGGGCCCAUAUAUAUAGCCUUUCCAGCAUGAUGGAACUUUACAUGGCUUGGGCUCUCAAAGUACCCAGUGGUGUCAACUAUUGAGAACCCAGAGUCAGCUCCAAAUAAUAUUAAGGCUCUAGGACGUUAGUAGAAGAAUAUAUAGCAGAGUAUGUGUUAUUUGUGUCUUGUAUUAAUAGAUACCAAAAAAAUGAAUGUUGGAUAACAUAAUCUGUCAGUGAAGUUUUGUUUAAGAAAGUUCAGUUGAACCUUUUUUUUAUUUUAUCAAGUGCUAUAUACUAAGCUAAUGUUUAUAGUUAAAAAGAAGAAAAUUGGUUAUGUUAAAGAAUUCUUAAUGGUUUCUCCAAUAAAUCAUCAGACAAAUUUAUAUCUUGUGCUUUUAAAACUCCUUUGUAUUUGUUUGUUUAAAAUGCAGCUUAUGAUAGUAAUGAUUAAUUGAACUAAUUGAUAUGAACCAAUCUUUGACUAACCAUUAUGUGCCCUGGAAGGGCAGAGAAAGAUGUACUACCUGAUUGGUAAAAGAGAUGAUACUUUGUCCUUGGGCGCCUUGCACAAGAUUUUUCUGGUGCAUAUAAAUUAGAGUUUUAAAAAAAGCAUGUAAAAUUAUAAUGAAGUUGGUGGUAAUAAGCAUUCUUGGGAGGAGAAAUAGGAGAAAUAAUGAAUUUCCACUUUAACAUGCUUGGAAAAUGGCAGAGAAGAGUUUUUGUAGCAUGAACAUUUAUAUAACGAUACAAUGAUGUACAAUGAUAAAUGAUGUAUAAUAAUAAAGCAUUUUCUUAUUAGUAAUUGUUUUCUUCCUGAUCUGUAGAACCAGAAAGUUAAGUAUAAAUGGUAUGCAAUUUACAUGUCAAUUUCAUUAAAUCUCUGGGGCAAUUUGUUUUUUCAUUCAUUUAUUCA